CCGGCUACAAGAGGAGGCCCACAAGGGUCCUGUCCUCUGGCGAAAAAACCGUUCAAGUAUGCCAACUUCACCGCCAUUCCAGCUGCCUUAGACUGGCGAACCAAGAAGGCUGUGACACCUGUUAAGGAUCAAGGCAACUGUGGAAGUUGUUGGGCAUUCUCGGCUGUGGCAGCUAUGGAAGGGAUUACCAUGAUCAAGAAGCGGAAGUUGGUGCCACUCUCGGUGCAAGAACUCGUGGAUUGUGAUGAUAACGAUGAUGGUUGCAUAGGCGGGCUCAUGGACAGUGCCUUCGAGUUCAUUGUAAGCAAUGGUGGCCUCACGACUGAGGCGAACUAUCCUUACCAGGAAAAUAAAGGGACCUGCAAUACGGCCAAGGCAGCAAACCCCGCAGCCUCAAUAACUGGAUAUAAGGAUGUGCCCGCCAACAACGAGAAGGCCCUCUUGCAGGCCGUGGCAAACCAGCCAGUCUCGGUGGCAAUUGAGGGGGGCGGGUUUGAUUUCCAAUUCUACUCAACCGGCGUGUUCACAGGCUCAUGUGGGACCGACAUUGACCACGCGGUCACGGCGGUCGGGUAUGGGAAGACCUCUGGCUCUGGCGGGACCAAGUAUUGGCUGAUGAAGAAUUCGUGGGGCACCGGGUGGGGAGAGAAAGGGUACAUGAGGAUCCAGAAGGAUGUGAGCUCUAAGGCUGGUCUCUGUGGUCUUGCCACGGAAGCUUCUUAUCCAACUGCAUGAAGAAAGAA